AUGAAGAUGAGGGAUCAGGAGCUUAGGAAACGACAGGUUCUUACACGGAGUCCUUACAUGAUAUAUAAUACCAAGAAUGGCCAUGGCACUGGAUCA